CAGGAAGGGCAUCCAACAUAAAACCUGUGCCUAAUUCAAAUAUACAGAUGAUCCGCUGUGGCGAACAGGGAGCAGAGUCAGAGGACAACAACAGCAACAUCAAGGCAUGUCAAAAUGUCUCUAGGAUCCAAAAACUCCUCUGGAGCCUAAGGGACCUAAAAAUAAUAAAUCCUGUCCACUGAAUCCACCAAGACUAUAUUGCACCAUCAAGUCACCAAGCAGGGGGUUUCAGCUGUUGUCGGUUGGUUAGAAGGUUCUGCUGAAAUUCCUGGGAUAGAAAGGGCUGAAGUGCUUUUUACUCUCCACAUGGUGUCAUUAGUUCCACUCGAGCUGAAGCAGGUGGUUGCUGCAGAGUCCGUUGUCAAUGACAGAUGUUACUGAAGAUCUUCUAACCUGCACCUUAUCAUAAUCACAAUCUCUGUUGUUACUCAUCAACAUCACCACAUGUUAAAGAUUACUGUGCUAAAAGUCCUGGCAGUAGAGAACAUGUUGAGAAAGAAACUCUCUACUAGGCCAAAGUAUUGCCUCAGGCACCAAAUCAUCAGCCAGGAUUGGCCCUGACUUAAGAGGUCAUCUACAAGAAGAUGAAGAAACAACAAUGUGGCUUUAUACCCUGAUAUAUGACAAUUCUGCAAACUCUGAAUUUAUGCAACAUUGCAUCUGUGUUAAAAUGAGGUUGGAGAUAGAAGACCACACCUUAAGUGUAAUUCUCUACACAUGCGAGAGUGGUCACAUGACAGUGAGACUAGAGCAAAGGUCAAAGAAUGAGUGACGCAAGGACAUCACAGCACUAGAAAGAGAGCAUACACAUAGAAUACACUGACAUUUCAAGACCAGAGUGAUCUGACUGGCCAACACAACGCAAGAGAGAAACCUCAGAAGAUAGGUACUGAAGAAAAAAGACCAGAGAUCUAGGUACAUCAAGCUAUUUAGGGUUUGUCACUUUUCCAAACUCAGACUAUCUGCUGGGUGAAUAGAAUGGAUUAUGCCAAGAAGUCUCUCAAUCUGUUCUCACCUUCGCUCUCCAAUAUAUCUAACAGAUGUGUAGCAGCCAGUGCAUCUGUCCUGCCCAGGUUUAACCCGCGCCCCAGACCGUUCCGGGUCACCAACUCAGACCGUUCUUUAAAAAAAGGCGUUAUGGCAGAUGGACUGAGAGACUUAAUGAACAAGACUAUGGAUGUGUUCAGUGUGUCCUGCGUAGCAGGCCUUGUGUUGGAUGAAGAUGGAACAGGAGUGGACACAGAGGACUUCUUUCAGACUCUCAAGGACAGCACUGUGCUAAUGGUCCUGGAGAAAGGACAAAAGUGGACACCUCAACAGAGCAGUCUAUUAGGAGGUCAAGCUGCAGAGCGCAGGACACAGCAUAGGAAAGACCUGGCCAAACUGACUCUUGACUUUUACAAAAACCACCCAAAGGAAUUCAUCGGAUGCUUGAAUGUACAGAUGACCCUCUAUGGGAUGUAUUCAAUGUCAUAUGACCUGCAGUGCUACCAUGCCAAGAGAAUGUUGAGGGAGGCUCUAAGAUGGACUCUGUUUAGCAUGCAGGCCACUGGCCACGUUUUACUGGGUACUUCAUACUAUAUGCAAAAUCUUAUUGAUGAGGAUGAAAAAGCUGAUGCACAACUGAUUGCUUCCAGAAAGACAAACAAACUAUUUCAUGCCAUCCAAUGGAAGAAAUCGGUAGCUGAUCACAUUAACUAGAAAUCUGGGAGCCUUGGAAACCAUUGUGGUGUUAUUUUACCUAUGUUACUGGACUAUAAUCACAGAAGCAUACACACCAUACAUUCUUUCAGAGCAAAGGUUUUGCUAUGAAAGUAAUCCUGAAUCUACUGUGUUUGUUAUAUUUUGCUAUUUGCACGUAUUAGUUUUAGAUACAUUGCCCAACAAUGGAGUUAUUAAUAUUUAUUCCUAUUUUUAACUGUUAAGAAUAGUGUCUGUUGUAUUUUUCCUUGAAUUAAAUAUUGAGUUUUAAAGCUUCA